GGCAGGAGGCGGUAUGAGUGACGUCAGAGCGGCCUUCAGCAGCGUCUGUGGAGAAGGGUGUACGGAGAGUCAGAAUGUCUUCAGGAGCUUUGUUCCCAAGCCUGGUACCCGGCUCCCGGGGCUCCUCCAGCAAAUAUUUGGUGGAGUUCCGAGCUGGUAAGAUGACGCUGAAGGGCAGUACCGUUACUCCAGACAAGAGAAAAGGACAAGUUUACAUCCAGCAAACUGACGACUCCCUGAUCCACUUCUGCUGGAAGGACAGGACAUCUGGAAAUGUGGAUGAUGAUCUGAUUAUAUUCCCAGACGAUUGCGAGUUUAAGAGGGUGGCCCAGUGCACCACUGGCCGCGUCUACGUGCUGAAGUUCAAAGCUGGCUCGAAGAGACUGUUCUUCUGGAUGCAGGAACCCAAGACUGACAAAGACGAAGAAUACUGCCGCAAAGUCAACGAGUAUCUCAACAACCCUCCUAUGCCGGGAGCAUUAGGCGGCAGUGGCAGUGGUGGACAUGAGCUGUCUGCACUGGGAGGAGAAGGAGGCCUGCAAAGUCUACUCGGAAACAUGAGUCACAAUCAACUAAUGCAGCUGAUUGGACCAACUGGACUGGGGGGACUCGGUGGUCUUGGUGCUCUGACUGGUCCAGGUCUGGCUAGUUUGUUAGGCAGUGGAGGACCUACAACAAGCAGCUCCUCAUCCAGCUCCCGGAGCCAAUCAGCAGCAGUUACCCCAUCCUCCACUUCGUCUUCCACCCGAACCACCACCACAACUUCAGCUGCUCCAGUGUCGGUGCCUGCUGCAACCCCCAGCCCUGCAGUGAGCUCCAGCAAUGGGGCCAGUGCGGCCACAAGCCCCACACAACCCAUUCAGCUAAGCGACCUGCAGAAUAUUCUGGCGACUAUGAAUGUGCCUGCCAGCGCAGAAGGUGGACAAGCAGUGGAUCUGGCCAGCGUCCUCACACCUGAAAUCAUGGCUCCCAUUCUGGCAAAUGCUGAUGUUCAGGAGCGCUUAAUGCCGUAUCUGCCAUCAGGAGAGUCCUUGCCACAGACUGCAGAGGAAAUUCAGAAUACACUUACCUCUCCUCAGUUCCAGCAGGCCCUGAGUAUGUUCAGUGCAGCUCUAGCCUCCUGCCAACUGGGGCCACUAAUGAGUCAGUUUGGGUUGCCAGCAGAGGCGGUGGACGCAGCCAACAAAGGAGACAUUGAAGCAUUUGCCAAGGCGAUGCAGAACACGUCUUCUCAGAAAGAGAGGGAGUCAAAGGAGAAGAAAGAGGAGGAGGAAGACAUGAGCUUAGAUUAAUUCCUGCUGCAGAUUGGUCCUGAGUGCUUCGGGCUGGCUUUAUACCCCCACGUGUAUGUCGGUUAAGUGUUCAAUAAAUGUUCCUUUCCGUUGCA